UGUGUGGACAUGUCGUCUUCAAUACAGCGCCGGUUGGAUGAGCUGCUGAGUCCAUAUGGUUUUCAGUGCAAUCCUUUCAGGAUUCAUUGGUAUAAUGCUGUUGUACAGCCUUGCUUUCACCUACAGUACCCAGGUGACACUUUGGCCUUUAUUGUUCUCAGCACGCCCCAGAUGUUUGAGAAAGCCUUCAAACCUUUCCUUACAAUCAGGCAGUUACAAGGUGUCCGGGAUCCUAUUGAUGAAUGUGUUGCUCAUUAUUUCUCUCUCGUGAGGAAAAAUUUUCCUGAUCAGAGGAUUGUAACUAUCCAUGACUUUGAACUGCUUCCUAAUCGAAGGCCUAAGGUUCUGGUACAGUCAGCUGCACAUGUGGCUGGAGCAGCCUAUUAUUACCAAAUGAAGGAUGUGCAGCAAAACCCCUGGGGAGCAAAAAAAAUAUAUGGGGUCUGCAUUCAUCCACGUUACGGAGGCUGGUUCGCAAUACGAGGAGUCCUGAUAUUUCCAGAUGUCCAGGACCCAUCCCUGGAGCAAACGUUGCCUGUGGACUGUGUUUCAACAGAAGAAAAAAGGAUCGAACUGCUUAAUAGGUUUAAUUUUCACUGGCAGGACUGGACCUACAGAGAUAUCAUUGAUGUAGAGGAAAGGUACUCCGAAGAACAAAGGCAGUACUUUGCUACACGACCUGCUGAAAGAUUUAAACUGCUUGAACAGAAAAGUGAUCGUUAAUGAGUUUUAGAGGAAAGCCAGAUAAACAGAAAGCAUGUAAAUCUUACACAGAGUACAAAGAGAGAACAUCUGUGAAAACCUGAAGCAAUACUACAUACCAAGAAUUUGCUUUCACAAUUUUAGUUGUACAAAUGUGAUGUUCAAUCAGGAUGUCUAGAAGGGUUUGGGUAGAAUGAAGCAAAUCCAUUUAUUAAGAUUUAAUGAGUAAAAAUUGUAGCUGGCUGCAGAUGGAGAGAUGGCCCAAGUCAGAAAUUUGACAUGUGCUUGAGAAUGACUGUCUAGAAAAGAUUAAAGGCUGGGUGAGUCUGGUGUUGGAGGAAAUUGCAUGUACUUUCAAUUUAAUUCAUUGCCAAACUAAUGGCUGAGGACAAUAGUCCAAGGUGAAGGGAGUCAAAAUGUGGCUGUCAGAAUUUUUUAAAGUGAUAAAAGACAUAAAAUAAAAACCAGGAGGUGAGUGUUUAGGUAACUAAGACUAACUUAAAAGCUGAAAAUCAGGAAAAUGGCUGAUGAGGGAAAUCUAGCAUACAAGUGGAAAAUGCUAGCAACAUGCAAAUCAGGUUGUGGCUGCGAGGAGAGGAACAGAACUGACCUCUCAGAUUGGAAAAAUAGUUCUUUUGAAAUAUUCUUUGUGAAUUAUUCUAUAAGGGAAUAAAGUGGGUUUAUUUUUAUAGAGGAUGUAUUAUGUAUUCAUGAGGAUGUAUUAUGUAUUCAUUCUGUGUUUUAAUGU